GUCGGAGCUGAUUGGUGGAUGCCAUGUUUCCCCCGUCUGUGAAAACUCCACAUCCGAGCCAAACCCCUCUGCUCUCAACAAACCAAAGUGUGACAUUUCCAAAGAAAGAGAUCAGCAGGAUUUACCAGCUGUCCAAUAUAUACAAGACCAGCAGAUCUACACAGGACGCGCUGACGAUACGUUAACCAAACAAGUUCACGAAUCGCCUGCAUACGGAGAGUUAUCCACAGCUGAGCCUUCCCCAGGACCAGCUGGAGAUCAGGCCCAGAAAGAGACACUUUUCCUGGCCGAAGGAGGGUCGGAUAACCUGGGCGUCUCUGGAGGACCAAAGAACGAUGGCAAGCCUGAUUCUUCAUCCAACACCAGGAUGGUUCUGCAAGGUUCUUCGGUGAUCUUUGCAGGAGAGAAACCUCACUACGGUCAGCAUUCGCACGUGACCUUUGACCCCUCACAUGUUUCUGGUCAUAGGGUCACAGAAACCUCAGAGGAUCACCGAGCAGGAGCACCGAGUCCGUGGUCCUCGUUUCAAAACGCAGAAUCUAAUCCUGUCGACCGCCUGCCGACGUUCACCAGCCAGCGACCGCACGACCUCCCCACUGCUGCGGGCCAACAGGCUGCGUCUGACACCAGGGACCCAGACCUGCACGACUCACAGUCCACCUCCAGCCUGCCGUCCUCCAGCCUGCCGUCUUUCAGAGCCUCCUUGGAGACGUGCAACCCGAUGGAGAGACCUUCCCCAGUGUUGCUUCCCUCCGGCCAGGAAAAAGACCUCCCCGCCCCCCCCUCAGCCUUUAGACCCAGCCUCAGGAACCGCUCCCCCUCCCCCGUUGGAUCUCCACCUCCCUCCUCCGUCAGAUCUCCUCCCUGCUCCUCACCCUUCAGGGAAGUUUCAUCUUCUCCGACCCCUGAAGACACCUCUUCUUUCUCCAGAGCUCCUCCCUGUUUCUCGAUGCGAUCUCCCCCUUCUUCUUCUUCUCCUCCUACACCCUCCUCUGCUUUCACUCCCCCUUCUUCAGGGAGGUCUUCAGCUCCUCCUUCCUCCCCUACACCUUCUUCUUCUUUACGCUCUCCCCCAUGCUCCUUGCCAAUCACUACUUCCUCUUCUUCUGUAUUCACCAGAUCCUUAGCUGCCUCCUGUAUAAGCCAGUCCAUCAGUCAGAGUAUCGCAAAAAAUACCCUGCAACAAAUGAACACCGCUAACCAAACCCCCGCCUCCACCUCUUCCUUACCUUCCUCUCAUUUACGCCGGCGCUCCCCUUCCCCGAAACAGCAGGGCUCCGGCAUGCCUGCGUAUGCCCAGUUAGGGUGCACCAAAGACGGGUACCAACAUCCAAGGGGUCCCCUAUCCUCGCUCUGGUCCUCUUCCCCUUCCCCGUCCUUCAUGCAGUCACCCCCUCCCUCUCUUUCCCAACGCUCCCCUUCCCCAUCUAUGACGUCGAACCAUCCUCUGCCUCCUUUGCCUCGUCCCUCAUUCCUUCACUCCAAAACUGACUCAUCACUGAACUCAAACAACAACAACAACGUUAGCUUGUCUGGUUUAAAAACAGCGAUAAGCAAUACCGGCGUUACCCGAGGUGUCAGUAAUGGGGUUUGGUCAGCGAGUCCACAGAAAGCACCGCUAGCUAACGGUAGCGCGAAUGCCGUGGUAAUCCCAAGAACUCCUGAUCCUCAUUGGUCAGCGAGUCCACAGAAAGCACCGCUAGCUAACGGUAGCGCUAAUGCCGUGGUAAUCCCAAGAACUCCUGAUCCUCAUUGGUCAGCGAGUCCACAGAAAGCACCGCUAGCUAACGGUAGCGCUAAUGCCGCGGAAAUACCAAAAUCUCCCGAUCCUCAUUGGUCCGGGUCACACAACCGCGUAGCUCGGCCUUUCUCUGCUUCCGAACCCAGCUCACGAGUUCAGUCCCCGUCUCAAAUCCCCUCCUCCUUUACUAGAAUCUGCUCUCCACCUCUUCAACAUAGUUAUUCCUCCCGCAUGGCGAACAAACCUCCGCACCCUCAGAGUUCACGGCUAGGAGGUGCGAGUUCCCACAACCCACUAGGCCUCACUUUGGAGCUACCUAGAAACUGCUCGGCAAGUUCAUGUCUGAGCCCUCGGAUCCUCUCCCCGCCUCCCAUUGGCGUGUCGUUGAAUGUUUGGGCAAAUGAUGUCGCAGCACCGCAACCUAGAAACCUUAGAUACACCCCUUCCUCUCCUUCUCCUUCCUACACCUCCUCAUUAAGCUCACCAACAACUGGGAAUGCCUCUUACCCUACUUCCUCUUUCCCAAUGAUGCGUAGUUCCAGAGCUUCGUCCCCUUCUGCACCUCCUGGAAACUCCCAAACCGUUCGUAGAUCUUUCUCCUCAAACCUGGCCGAUAGACCACCAAGCCCGAGCCAAAGUAACCCCAGCGUCCAGCGCCGAUCCUGGGCAGACGGCAGCCGGAGGAGCUUUGCUUUUAGCGGCAGUAACCGAGGGUCUUUUGAGCAGCACGAGUCCUGUCCAACCAGUCCGAGGAGUGGGUGGUCUUCGUACGGCAGCUCCCCGUCCUGCCUCAGCCCUCGAGCAGGGAUACAUUCCCCGCUCUCACCCGGCGGGCUUUGCCCAGGGAAGGGAACCCAGCAUUUCACCAGCGUUCCCUGGCCAGACGUACGAGAGCUUUCCAGCAAAUACAAUAUCGCCGAUGUCCUGGAUGAAAGCGCUUCUUCCACCAUCAUUGCCACCUCUCCUUCUUCUCUCUCAGAGUGGGGAGACCCAGAGCUCGAUGAAGGAAGUUGUCGCAGCCAGCUGAUUUGCGCAUACGUUGCACGACCAUCCUGUGAACAAAACACACUCUCCUCCCGAGGCGUUACCUCCCCUGUACCCUACCAGAACCACAACUACCAAUCCCAAACACCUCCUAUUCCCUCCAUCCCUUUGUCUGCAAGCCCAUCCCCGCUACCCUUUGCCCAUUCAUCGCCUACCAAGAACCAGAAAACCAGUUACGCCACCACGGUCAACCUCCAGAUCGCUGGAAGCGGUCGGAUAACUUCCUUCAGCACCGCCCAGGUUAGCCUGACCCAAACCCUGCAGGGUGGAGCUUUACCCGGAGGACAGGUGGAGGGCAUGUCAAGAAGAGUAAGCAUCAACGGACUCUCGCAUCUUCCUUCGCCUCUUCCUCAGAACUGUAACCGGCAAUGAAUGGAAGAGAGAAGGCUCUUCUUUCCUGGCCCUACAAAACCACAUGGUCCAAAAGUAGAGGAAAUUGAAAGAUCAAGGCAUUAGCAGAAAUGUGCACUUGUGAAUUUAUUGCAGAGACAAACAGUAAGCGACAGAAGUGGUUGAGUAACUGCUGGUUUCAGUGGACAAGACCUUCAGAGAUAUUCCCGUCUCCAGGAGUCCAACAAAGCAUGGGGUAGUUUAACUUGGAAUAAGUUCACAAAUGAGGGACGUGAUGAAUGUCGUCAACCAUAUUGAGUAGCGAGAUGGGAUUACAAUGCAGACUGAAAAUUGGAUCUCUGUGCAAAUAUGUUGCCAUGUAUGGAAAGGAAUCCCUUGGUUGUGAUCUUGCUGGAUGAACUCUCGAAACCUUGAAUGUCCACAACUCGAUGUGAUGAGGUAAUCUAAAAAUUGGAUUACACUCUGGAAACAACAUGCAUUGUUCAGUUCACUUUAUGAACUCUGUGAUCUCUUUCUGUGUCUGAGAUCACUUUAUUUGACACACUUUAAUAACAGCAAGUUAAAGGAAUAACUUUGAGCAUUUAUUAAGCUGGAGUUCAUCCAUUUGUGCUAAUCCUGCAAACUCAGAGGCGUUGAAGGUUGUCCAACCAGUGCUGUAUGCAAUCACAGUUAUGUAAUGUCUUAUUAUUUUUCUCCUUUUAUAUUCUGUUGAACAUCAUGUGAUGUCGGGCUAUCUGAGGCCAGUGUCUAAGGUUACCUGUGGUUAUUAAUAAUCUAUCUUUUAACCAUUUGUAUUAUUCAUUUUUAAUUUUCUAUUGAUUAUUUAUGAAGUUAGUCUUAUUCUCUUUGGCACUUAUUAUCCUUAAAGUAAUGUCUGUAUUUUGCACAGUGUCCUCAGCCCUUGGGUGCAUGCAUCAAGUGUGUGUGAGUGUGUGUCUGAAAAAUGACGCGUCUGGUAAAUUAUCCGUAAACUUCAGACCAGUCCAAUAUCUGUGUGUUUUAAUGCUAUUUGUUCAUAUAUAGAUGUACUCAGUUGACUUAACACUCCCUCCUGUCGUCAGUGCCCUUCAGAAACCUUACAUGUUCACCUUCAAGGCUUACAAUGAUUCUAGAUAACCAAUUAACUGGAAAAUGCUGCAGGAAUUCUGCAAAAUUAGAGUUUUACUUCAUAUCAAAACACAGUCGACAAGUGUUUUUACAGUGGAUGAUUAAUGCAUAAGGCUUAGAGUGUUCAAAUAUUGAUGUUUGUCCUUAAAAACAGAUCAGUAACAUCGAUGUUUAGGCUGAUGUGAUGGAUGAACACCAUGUUGUAUUCAGGGUGAAAGAAAAGAUAACCAACACUCUCAUGAGCACAGAUCAGAAAACAUCAGAGUAUUUAAAAGAUAUAUAUAAAUAUAUUUUAUAAAUCCCAAAUUCUUGUAUUUAAUUGGAUGUUUUUUAAUCAAAAAUAAUCAUUUAAAAAUCCCAGAAAUGCAAUGGAUAAAUGUCCCUCUGAACUAGAGGCUGCAAAAUGUCAAAAACCUGAGUUUAAAAUAUGAAAGAUUAUGUAAAUAAAGGUGUGGUUUCUGCAGGGCGCUGGGGACAAACUGGAGAGGACAUAAUGUUUUUGGGGAACUGGUAAAAAGGGAAAUGUAAACUAAAUCUUCAUCCAGCAACUUAUAUUCAGUGAGAUGGAAAUAAAGAGAUGUGGUGCAAAAUCUAA